GUUGCUUGUAUAGAUUAGGUCAAAGAGUGGACUUUUUCUAUGUCAUGAAGAGCAACCGAUCAUAGAUGGGUCUCCUAUCGUUUUGAUUUGUCUACAAAUUAAGUCUGAAACCUUAACUUUCCUGAAGACCAAAUACAUACACACAUAGAGAUGCCUGCUGUUUGGUUUGCGUUACGGAAGUCAUUGCACUGCCAAUCAGGACCUGCAGAUGUUCAUGAUCCAAAUUUUCAGGGGACGAAUCUCAGCAAAAUAGUAACGAAAACAAAAAAAUCAUCAACAUCAACAGGAGGUAAAUCAGGGUGUUCAAGAUCUUUAGCAAAUCUUAAGGAUGUCAUCCAUGGAAGCAAGAGGCACAUGGACGAAAAACCAACAACAGUUGCAACCACAACAACAAAUGCUAGUCCUAGGUCCAUUGGAAGUUCAGAACUUUUAAACCCAAUUGCCCAUGAAGUUGUUUUGUCGAAUUCAAACUGUGAACUGAAGAUCACAGGCUUUGGUUCUUUGCAAGAUGGAAACGGUGUUGGUGGUGAUGGUGAGGGCGUGUCCUCACGAUUUGAGGGUACCCUAAAACCUGGGACGCCUGGCCCUCACCAUUAUCAUCAUCAUCAGAAGCUAACAAACUCACCGAUGACUAAUCGAAGAAACUCUAAUGGAUUUUCAAGGGCUAGUAGAGGUUUAGGCUCUGGAUUUGGUGCUAUUAAUGCUUCGAAGGCUAGAGCUUCUUUUGAAGGUGAAAGCCAUGGGAUUUUUAGCUUGGCUUGUCAUAAAUGUGGUGAGCAAUUUGUCAAAUGGGAAGCUCUUGAAAAUCAUCAUCUCUCUAAACAUGCUGUUACUGAGCUCAUUGAAGGAGAUUCAUCCAGGAAAAUCGUAGAAUUGAUCUACAAAACCAGUUGGUCAAAAUGCCACACCAAUUCUGGAGGAAUAGAAAGGAUCUUGAAGGUCCAUAACAUGCAAAAAACACUAUCUGAAUUUGAAGAACAUCGAGAAACUGUGAAAGUCAGAGCUAGCAAGCUCCAAAAGAAACACCCUCGAUGUCUUGCCGAUGGCAAUGAGUUAUUAAGGUUUCACGGAACCCUAGUUGAAUGCAAUCUUGGCCUCAACGGCUCGUCCAGUCUUUGCCAAUCAAAUAACUGCAAAGUUUGUCAAAUACUACGACAUGGGUUUAUAAUUAAGAAAUAUGGGAACAACAAAAUUGUAGUUGGGGGUGUUUUCACAACUUCAACAAGUCAAAGGGCAUUUGAAGCUAUUGAUGUGAACAAUGGUUCGUGUUUGAGGAAAGCUCUGAUAGUUUGUAGAGUGAUUGCUGGGAGAGUUCAUAAGCCAUUGGAGAACAUUCAAGAACUUGCUAAUCAAUCUGGAUUUGAUUCAUUGGCUGGAAAAGUAGGUAUUUAUUCAAAUAUUGAAGAACUUUAUUUGCUCAAUCCUAGAGCACUUCUCCCUUGCUUUGUAAUAAUUUGCAAGCCACAAACGUAAAUAAAUUGUAUACAAUUAGCGUAGUCUUGUUUGUUUUUAUCUUUCUUUGAGAAAAAUAUUUUUAUUUGUCAAAUAUUUCUUUUUGAUAUAAAUAUCGACAUAUUUUACAAUCAGUUUUCUGUUUUUAUUACCUUAAUAUUUAGAGAUUUUAGCUGAAGAUGUUUUAAGUCUACAACGUAUUCGCCAUGUACACUAAUGGAUGGGUCAAAAACAACUUGUAUUUAAGUUGUAAAUGAACUAACAUUAUAUUCCUAAAACAAUUUGUUUUAUAUUAUUAGCAUCUUCGAUUUUUGGAACAGUAAAUUUGAUACUUGUAGCACCCUUGAUUUGAGGCUAACAGUUUUAUUCCUUAAAUAUAUAACUCAUAAAUAUAAGGGAAAAUGACUCUUGAGGUAAUUAACUUUUGCGUUUGUAUUCUUAUGGUCCAUUUUUUUUUUGUAUUCAAUAUACCAUCGAACUUGUUGUUGGUGUUUACCAUAGCCCUUUUGACCGGCUUUUGACCUGUGAUAGCCGGUCAAAGG